AUGACGAAAACACCGCAAUACCAAGAGGCACCACUUUGGGAGAGUAUUGCUCGUGAUAAAAAAGCGAGUCGCGAUGCGAAAAUCCCGCUAGGUUGGAAAUUGAAACCAGAUCAAGUUCCGGACGACCAGCUCAAUGUCACCAAUGUUCCCUACGAGUGUGGAAUUUUGACACCCAAAGAGCUGGAGAUCACGAACUCGAGUGCUAGAAGUCUUAUUGACAGGAUUCUGAGUCGCGAGUAUACAGCAUAUGAGGUUACACUUGCCUUCUGCAAACGCGCCGCGAUCGCGCAACAACUUGUAAACUGCCUCUCGGAAAUUUUCUUCGAGAACGCGCUCGAGGCAGCCAAGUCCCUGGAUGCAGAAUAUGAAGAAUCGGGAAUCGCACGCGGUCCACUUCACGGACUCCCCAUCUCGCUCAAGGAUUGUUUUCAAGUCGAAGGAACAGAUGCAGCGAUCGGUUAUACUGCGCUGGUGAAUCAUUUAACCUCAAAAGAAGAUGAAUCAGAAAUCACGAAGAUAAUGCGACAAAGUGGGGCCAUCCUCUUUUGCAAGACAAAUGUGCCAACUGCGCUGAUGUCUGGAGAGACAUUCAAUGCAAUCUACGGCUACACCUCGAACCCCUACAAUCGCAACCUUUCUAGCGGAGGCUCAUCCGGCGGCGAAAGCGCUUUAUUGGCACUUCGCGGGUCUCCUUUGGGCAUUGGAACUGACGUGGGAGGAUCUGUUCGCAUACCGGCUUCUUUCUGUGGUCUUUACUCCCUAAAACCAUCCUUCGGUCGAUUUCCAACGUCUGGAAUCCGAGAUAGUCUCAACGGCCAAGAAGCGGUGCGCAACGCAGUUGGACCUAUGGGACAUUCCUUGGAAGACAUUGAGAUGUGGUGCAAGACAGUGGUAAAUAGUCAGCCGCAUCUACAUGCAGAUCCGGAUUGCUUGCCUAUUCCGUGGCGACAACCUGAGAUACCCAAGAGGCUUUGUUUUGGGCUUCUAUUCGAUGAUGGUAUUGUGAAGCCACUGCCUCCCGUUACAAGGGCAUUACUAAGGGCAAAGACGGCCCUAGAAGCUGCCGGACAUGCAGUCAUUGAAUUUCACAUUGACGAGCCACUGUUUCUGGAUUCUCUCAAGUUUGCUCUUUACCGCUCAGCUGCUGCAAAUAGUUUGCAUGGAGUCUUGGAAAAGACAGGAGAGCCAUGGCCGCAAGGCUAUGAAAUUCUUGGAAAUAUGGCUAAUGAUGAAACUUACCCGAAGGCAACUGUUUCUGACCUGUGGAAAGCACAGGCCAAGAGGACUGAAUAUUCGAAACAGAUAUUGCAAAAAUGGGCAGCCACAAAGAAUUCAACCGAGACAGAGAGAGAGAUUGAUGCGCUAAUUAUGCCAUGCUCACCGUGGCCAGCAUCUUCAAGACAUGGAUUCAUAUAUGAUAACUAUACCAGCCUCUGGAAUGUUCUUGAUUACUGCGCAACUACCGUACCGGUAACCCACAAGGCGAUGUCUGGCAAGAUUAUACACCAGAAGACAUGGCUACCUGCCCAGUUUCCAUUCAGGUGGUUGGGCAGCGGCUGCACGAGGAAUAUUUACUAG